CAGCAGACGAAGACGCAAGAACACAACUACGUCCAAGUGACGAGUAGGUAGUAGAAGAUGACUGACACUGAUCUACUACAGGCCAGUGCAUUGGUUAAAGACAGAUGGAAAGUGGUAGCGAAAAUUGGUGGUGGAGGCUUUGGUGAAAUCUAUGAGGCUUUAGAUCUUCAAACCGGUGAUCAUGUUGCUGUCAAAUGUGAAUCAGCACUUCAGCCAAAACAGGUGCUCAAAAUGGAAGUGGCUGUUCUCAAAAAACUACAAGGAAAAGAUCACGUUUGCAGGUUUAUUGGCUGUGGACGUAAUGAUCAGUUCAACUAUGUGGUUAUGUCGCUACAGGCUCAAAACCUCGCUGAGCUCAGAAGAAGUCAGGCUAAAGGAACUUUUUCAAUUAGUACUACACUACGUCUGGGUUUGCAGUUAUUACAAGGCAUUGAAAACAUACAUGAUGUUGGCUUCCUCCACAGAGAUAUCAAACCGUCCAACUUUGCCAUGGGUCGGCUACCUACUACCAACAGAAAAGUUUAUAUGCUAGACUUCGGUUUGGCGCGACAAUAUACAAAUUCAAUGGGCCUAGUUCGAGCUCCACGGGCAGCAGCUGGGUUCCGAGGCACUGUUCGCUAUGCGUCGGUCAACGCACAUCGUAAUCGGGAGAUGGGUCGGCAUGACGAUCUGUGGUCUCUCUUUUACAUGUUAGUUGAGUUUGUAGCAGGACAGUUACCCUGGAGGAAGAUCAAAGAUAAGGAACAUGUUGGCACUUUGAAGGAAACGCAUGACAACAGAAAAUUUUUGAAGCAGCUUCCAUCUGAAUUUAAACCUUUUCUUGAACACAUCCAGGGAUUAAAGUAUGAAGAUAAACCAGAUUACAAAUAUCUCAAAAACUUAUUGGAACACUGCAUGAAUCGUAAAGGUAUCAAAGAAGCCGAUCCUUAUGACUGGGAAAAAGGCAUUGGUGAAGGAUCAUUAACUACAACCACUGGCACCUUGACUACACCCCCUAAAAUACAAGGUCCCGUAGCUGACUUACAACCUGCCAACACUGAUGCGGUACUCGAUGAAAACUUCAGUUACCAUGAGCAGGUGAAACAGGUUCACAUUGAAGUAAACAAGCAAAAACCUGAGAAUGAGUACAUACAGGUUGAGGAAGUCAUUGAACGACAGAGAGUGGAAGAGGUUGAUCUACAGAGAGAGAUUGAACUGGAGGAAGUUGAGAUUGUGGAAAAGGAGGAUGACGAGGAUGAAGAAGAUGAAUACGAAGAAGAAGAGAUGCAACAGGAAGAAGAGUGUGAGGAUGUGGAGAAUAGAGUCUUGGAAGUACCACCAAUUGUUAGGAAACCUAAACUGCCAGGUGAGAAACCGAAACGUCGGAAAGGUGCCAGGAAACGGAAGCCUAAAAGAAUGAGAAUUCAUGACAGCCAUGCUAUAUUGGAAGGUGAAAUGAGUUUUAUGACAUUCAGGGAUCAUUUAGGACACAUGAUGAGUGAAAAAGACCAAUCAGUUCAAGAUGAUGAUAAUGUACAAGUUUUAGGAGCUGUAGGAGGAACUUUGGACGGUGAAGAGGCUUUGGAAGCAGUACCCAAUAAUGUGCAAAAUGGUGUCGCUGGACGACCACCAUUACCAGCUGGAAAGCCACCUCUCCCAUCUGCCCUUAACUCUGCCACUGCGAAAGAACAUGUAUCAAAUGAAAAUGGCAUUCUUGACGAUAGGCCGCCAAUACUUGGCCCUACCACAGUACUAACUGAAAAAGAAAGUUGCAAUGAACAAUAUGAUACAGCAUUACAAUUUAUUGAGCCCAUUGAAAAUGGCUAUGAGCAUAUUUAUGCACGUCAGCCAUCGGUGCCUUCGGAUUAUAAAUUAGCAUAUGAGGAAUAUGAAGCUGAUGUGGAUGAACCAAAGCCAACGUUAGACAGUGCGCCGCAUGAGAGUGAUAAACAAUUAUCGGCAUCUGCCAAUGAUCAGGUGGAUGUAAUACCACCAGAACAUCUGACAAUUAAAACUGAAGUGUCUCAUUUACCAAAAGACUCUCCUACACCUUGGCAUGAGGAGGAGGAGGAGGCACAGGCGAAUAUUUGUGCAAUAGAAAGAAUUGAAUAUCAGGGUAUAGAGGAAGUUCAGAUUUGGAAACCGCCAUGUCUCGAACAUGUUCAGAUCUGGAAACCUGAGAGAGGGACUCAUUAUGAGAAUGUGGAGAACUUUGAAGCAAAAUACAAUCAAGAAGAGAAUGUUGAGGAUGCACUUGAACUGCAACCGGUUUGUGUUCAGGAAGAUGAAAUUGAGAAACAUGUUAUCGAAUACACAGGCUACCCUGAUGAGAUUUUGCAUGUCUCUGAAAACAGUGUUGACUUAAAUGAAGCUAGGAUAGAAUUUCCUGAGGGGAAAUGUGAAAUAGCUGACAGAUUUACCUGUGGCAAUAAUAAACAAUUUGAACAGAAUGCAGGGUCAGGGUCAGUUUCAGAUGACGUCAUUGAACAUGUGCAUUUUGAUGCAUUUGAAAAUUUUAGAAGAGACGAAGAAUACAAUGCAUCAAAUGAAGAUGAAGAGGAACAUCUUGAAAUACGGCGAAAAUUUGAAAUAUCCUCUGAGGAGGAACCUGUACCUUCUUUUCUGAGGAUAGAUCAAGUUAAAAUGGAAGACAAAGAAGCAGAUAAUCUUGCCAUACAAAAAUCUACUAAUGUUUCUGGGCCGGCUGAGACGUCCAUAGAAACACUUCAGGACAAAAAUGGUGCUGACAAACAAAAAACGGUGCUAGUAGAAGUUCAGGAAAAAACUACAUUAGACAUUGAUCAUCCAUUGCAUGAAGAGAAGGUCACUGAUAGGACUAAACUGAUCAGAGAUGAGGACACAGUGGAAGAUGAGGAAUUGAAUAAAUUUCAAAAAAGGCUUUUGCCAAAGAUAACUCAAAACAGAGAAAAGAUGGAACAAAUUUUUACUUUUAACACUGAGUUUGAAAGUCCUGGGCAGUCAAUCGAACUGUGUGUAGAAACUGAAGAAGAAGCUGCUAAGAGGAUACAAAAACAUUUAUCAGCUAGUAAAAGGAGUCCCAAUAGAGAUUUAAUGGAACAAAUUUUAGCUGGUGAUGACUCAGAGGUUGAUGAGAGUCCAAGUGCUUUACUCAGGGUAUCAAGCAAUAGGCCUCGAAAAUCUACAACUGAAAAAGAAAAGCCAGAAGAUUUAGUUUUAAGAGAUUUUGAACAAAUAGAUGAUACCAAACAUUUAGUGAUUCCUAAUAUAGACAUUUUAACUGAUUCUAAGGAACAUUCAAGUGGUUCUGGGAAUGCUUUAUCGGAUCACCAGUCCAAACACAAUUAUGACACAGUAGAAGGCAAUUGGGAUGUCCCAGAUGAGAAGAAUUGUAAACGUCUAGCUGAUACAGAUUUAGAGGAGCGAAGUCUACAGAAUAAAAACAAACCCACUAACAGUGAUUUGGAAUAUAUACCCUCAGUUCAUUCACUGAGGAUUGACACUUCUCAACUUUCUGAGCAAGUUGGGAAGAUUGGAUUGGUUUCACCAAGGGCUGCUAUGGAGGAAAUAUUUGCUCUUGGUGUUGAUUCUUUGGAAGAUUUCAGUAGUGAGAAGAAAACACCCAGGAAAAUGAAGGUCCAACAAACUAAGAAGCAAUCUGAGAAGAGUUUGUCUGAUGUUGAUCAGUUCAGUCAGAGUUCUGCUUCCAGUAAAAGUUUGAGCCGGUCAGACAGGUCUAAUAGAUCAGGCAGACAGCUUCCCUUAGUGCCAAAACUUAAAGAACAUUUGAAGAAACUUGCUGUUGAAGAGAGUGAGGGGAGUUUAAAUAACAGAAGGAAAGGGAACAGAAAACUACCUGCUGUUCCUAGGCCAUGGGCAGAUGAUGCAAGUAGCAGAGAGACAGAUGCUAAAGAAUCAAACCCUUCUUCAUCAAAUUUGGAGGAGGCAGAUAACCCAGUGCAGAAACAAGAAGAAAAAUUUGUCAACUUCACUGCCAAGAUGCCAACAACUUUCAAUUUACCUGAGGAAGAAAGAAGUAAAAGCAGCAGUGACUUUGCUCAAGCAUAUCAGAAAGAUGGCCUGCACCCUGUGAGUGAAUGGCAGCCAUCUACAUUGGCUGUUGUUGCGACAGUUAUGAUGGAUGAUGACGCUAUAACAACUGCCCCCAUGAUUCACCCUUCAAAGUCCAAGUCAUUAUUAAUGGAUGAUGAUCAUUCUUCUUAUAAACAACCAUCAGAUAUUUCACCUGCACUUGUUGAUGAAGAACAAGUGUCAAAAGAGAGAAAAACUGUACUUUCAGAUGACCGAACUGAUGGGCAUGAGGAAAAAGCUGUCCGGUUUGCUACUGAUGCCAUAGAUGCAGACCACAAAGAAUACACCCAUGAGGGAUCAAUGGGCAAAGUGGAUCAGUGUGCCACUCAUAAUCAAGUACCAAGUUUUGUUUUAGAUGCUCAUCAUGAUGACUCUAUACCUCCAUCUCCUGUAGCAAAAGUUUUCCAGUAUGAUUUUUCACAAGAACCUCAACUGCACAAUGCUGGGUUACUGCCAAAGGAUGAUGUUUGUUGUGAGAAAACCUCAAAAGAGAAGAUUUUGGAAUUGUCAGAUAAGAUUUCUGUCGCAGUUGCUGCAGAAAAAGAACUUUCAAAAGUCAAUAAGACACCGGUAGAAUCGAAUUCAAUAGUGCAAUUAAAAGAUUCAGUCUCUAAGAAUGUUAAAAUCAUUGAUAAAAUUGACUCUGUUAGUAAGAGACGACGUAGAAGAGAUAAAAACAUAGUACCUUUACCAUCUGGUGUUCCUACGUUCAAAGUUGGGAAAGGUGGAAUACCAUUCAUACCAGCUGCCAAAGGGGAUCUUACAAAACCUCCCAGUCCUAGUGAAAAGGCCAGGUUUUUUAGGAAACCUGAAGUAAAAAUACAAACUGGUGAAGAUGAUAAAUUACCCAGUGAGACUAGUGAUGUUUCUACAAGUGCAAGAAUAGAACAAUAUUCUGCUAUUGAUGUAAUCAGUGCUCCAGAAAAUGUACAGACAAGGGACUGUAAGUCAGACAGUGAAACUGGUCGCAAAGAGGAAAUUGUUCUUGAAAGAUUUUUCACUUCAAGAAAAGGAUUACUUGGUGGAUUAGCUUCAAAAACUGGCAAGCAAAAUAAAGAUAUCAGUCAAGGUUCUGAAACUAGUCACAUUCCCACUUCUGAAAAAAGCAACAAGGACAAGAAAGAGAAAGAUAACAAACUAGAACUACCAGAGAAAGCAGUUCGGAAGAGAGGUGAUAGAAAAAGAGAACGACGAAGGAGAAAAGAAUUGAGGCUACAAGAAGCAGAUCAGACGGAGAGUGUGACUUCUGCAUUAGAUUCAGAAGUACAUUUUGUGGUUACUCUUCCUCAGGAUAACAACAAAAAACCAGUGGAAUGCAUAACCGAACCAUUGGAUAAACCCAUCACAAAUGAAAUAAAAUGUGAUGAAACAGUCACAGCUCCAGCUCCCAAGGAAUCGUCUAUGCCGACUAGACGUGCAUUAUUCAAAGUGGCUGAAUACUUAGAAAUUGGAGAACAUUAUGAGCAGUGUGAACAGGUAGAUGCACCUAAACCUGAGCAAGCAUUACUCGUGACCAGUGAUUCACUGAAAGAAGAAUCUGCAGUGUACACUGCCAGUCCUGUGCAACAAAGAAGAAGAGAAAAACCUGCACAGCCAUCUUGUGAAGUAGUGAUAAAAGAACCACAAUCACAUCCCAACGAUGAAGAUAAUGAUUUCAGUGUCCGAUCCGCUGUGUAUGCACAAGCAGGGGGAAUAGAGGAUCAAGGGUUACAUGAGCUAGAUGAUCAUCGACUGGAAGCUCUUAGUAGGAGAGAUGAAAGAAGAAGAAGUAGGAGGCGACAACGACAAGCAUCUACCGGGGACAAUGACCUAGAGAAAGCACAUUCCACUAAACCAGAAAGGGACCUGUUAACUGUUGUAUCUUGUGACCAAGUAGUAGAUGAAAAUAAAAAUCUGGCGCAAAGUCAAGCGUCCAUUAGACAAGCAAGGGAAAGACGAAGGAGAAGGAGGUCACGCAAAAGUUCAGAAGACGAGAAAGAUUUAAUUCAAGCACUUGAAAUAUACAAGGCUGAAAGAGAAGAGGCAUUGAGGGGAAAUAAUGACCAAUCAGAACUUUCCCCUCCAGUGUAUGAUAAUUUAGCAGAAACUGUUCAGCCAUCAAGCCCUAUGAGAAGUCCCUCAAGACCAAAAGAACCCAUGUCUCCACACAGACGGGCUCGGUCAGUUAAUAGAAAUAGAAAUCGUAAUCGAAAAAGCCCCCAGAAUGAGCCUGAUGAAGGACAGCCUGAAUCAUCAGCCCAGUUAGAGAUUUCCCAGGAACCAAUAGAGCGAAGUCCCAGUGUUUCACCUAGACCCGGGCAGAGAAAACGAUGGCGAAGGCGUACGCUUGAAGGAGAUCAGAUUGAACUACCACCAAAAGAGGAAGUACUUGUAAUAUCACCAUCACCAACAAGUACUCGGAGCAUAACUUUUGGAAUGGACACUUUAGAAAUUCCUCAGUCUGCAGGAAGUCCCAUAACCUCACCUCUCAUGCGGAGGAAGAGAAGUAGAAGAAGGCGACCAUCUGAGGAUGAGGGCACUCUUGAAACUGCAGUAGACUUUGACACACCUUAUUUAGAUUCUAGUCCCCCCAUGAUCAGAGACGAUUCUUAUCGACUAGAUUUAUUAUCAACCAGUCCAAGGGCGGUAUCCCCUCUUGGAGGCUGUGCGCCAGAAUCACCUCUGUCACCACCACAGUCUCCCAGAUCUUCACCAAGGUCACCCAGGUCUUCACCAAGGUCAUUGUCAGUGUCAUUGAGGUCAUCACCUAGAUCAUUGAAAUCAUCACAAGAAGACCAAUUUUCCCAUUUAUCACAACCAAGUGAACACACUUCCUCACCCAGGGAUGAAGAUAGUCAGAUGUCUUCAGCGGCACCCAACUCAUUGGCACGACCCAGACCACCUCCAGGACAAGCACCAAGACAAGGGUGUAUAUCAGCUAGGCGCAGGCGCUUUAGGCCAGCUCAUCUGGCAUCUCCUCGCGAACACGAACAGUUGACACAGACCACUAGUUAGCUGAGGAAUACUUGCUGCCAGCGUAAGGUGUAGACUGCUUUGCAAUCAGUGAGUAUGCCAUAGAAUUUAAACUACCAUGGGACACCAAGUUAUCAGGAAUAUUAUUAAUUUAUGUUAAAUUAUAUUGUUCAGCAAUGAAGACAUGACAAGAAGGAAUUAUUGUGCCUUUUACCCCUCUACUCAUUUUAAAGUGAAGAGAAUGAAUAAAUAAUUUUGGUAUCCGUCCAAGGGUCAUCCAUCCAUGGCUAUUUACAAAUGUGGUGAUAUAUAUACUGCCAUUGUGGUUUUACCCACCAGUACGUCGCUGAAACUGACUGCGCCAUUUCACUGGACUUCAAUAAAGAUGGAAGGAUACUUUAACGUGACAAGACAUUAUAUACAAAUGUAACUUUUUCUGGAAUUGGUGCAACAAACAAUUGAACACAGCCUGGUAAUAUAUGCUAUGAUAUUCUGGAACUAUCGAGGCUGAUGCGUUUUUUUUUUCUAAUGAUUAUCAUUUUUCUUAGUAACUGACUGACUUCCUUGCA